CACCACUCAGAACAGCCACACCUGGACUAUGUGGAACGGUGACAGUUUUAUCCGGAUCUUCUAUUUCGACUAGAGGUGUAUGACUGCCGAUGUCAUUAUCAAGCGACACUUCAUUUCUCGUUAAUGUCAACGGAGAUUUCACGUUCCCGUCAACCGCAGUCAGGUGUUUAAUGGGUCCAGUAGCAGCACUUACUACACUAACACAUUCUUCAUCGUCAGUGCUCCUGUUAUCAGUGCUUCCGCCAUCAUUUUUCUUGCAGGCCAAAGCCAAUAGGCCCAUAGCCUCCUGUAUUAGUACCUUUUUAUCCGUACAGCAGAACAUACAAAGCCAAUGCGAGUUAGGCUUCGAGCAUCUUUUGUAAGCCGUCGGACUUAGUCGUGUACACAUUUUGUGAUACCACUUUUUACAGUCGUCACACUGCAUUCCCUCCUCAACGGAGAACAAACAAUUUGGUUGCCCACAUUUGCAAGAGGCAGUGCAAAAUAGAAAAGAAAUUUCCCAUCAAGAAAAAAGUGGAAAUUUACUUCUAAAUUCAGCAUCUACUUUGCCAUUUCUUAUUGAUGAAUUAAUGCGUAUCAAUCAUUCUGUUCAUGACGAGUUAAUUGAUUUACAUCAAAGACGUAAAGAAUUAGUGGACACUAAUGCCGCCCUUCAAAAUCAAGUAGAACGUUUACGAUCUAUUCUUGUAGAGCAUUCAAAGCAAAUAAUACGUCUUCGAGCCACCUUAGAUUCGUACAAACAAACUCUUUCAGAUAAUACUGCAUCGUCAGCUGUAUUUUAUUCCAAAUGGCCAGUUGUUCAUCUUAAAUUAAAUAAUGAGAGCAUAAAGUAUCCUUCUGUCAUAAGCUCAUCAAACGAAUUAUGCACCAUAGAAUCCUGUAUCAAUUGGAAUCGGUGUCGAUUUAUAAGAUUUUUGAAGUUUUGCACUGAUUAUUAUGGUUCAAAUAAUACUAUGUCAUUUGAACAAUUACUUCAAAGUUCUCCACAUUUUACUGAAAGAUGUAAUAUUGAAAAUACUGCAUGUUUAAAACUGACUUUUGGUGUUGAAGGUGCUCAAAAAUGUAUACAGGAAUCUGAACUGACUCGCUACUCGUUUCCUGAAAAUACAUUUCGCCGAGGAUUCGAUUUCUUGUUGCCAAUAAAUUACGAUAUUUUAUGUAAAUACUCGAAGAAAAUUUGCUCUAUUUCUUCACCUUUGCGUUUACUACCAGGAAGACGUGCAUUAUUACUCAGCUUUAAUAUUGGGAUAUUGUCCAAAAGUCGUCUUGCUGAAAAUCACUCAUCAUUGGAUAAUUUAGUUAUUGAACACUUGAAAAAGUUGGAUAACGACAGUCAUAAAAAGAAUGAAUCAACCUCUUUUAUUUCCAUAUCAAUUCAUAAAAAUACCAAUGAACUUGAAAGUUGUUGGUCUAAUAAAUAUAGAGAAUUCCUUUCUCGAAAUUCCCUAUCUGAUACUGAUUGGUUUCCAUGUGAAGAUUCUUCAUCACUUCUUCGCAAGUCAACCUUUGGAUUAAUAAUGACUGGUGCAAGGAACUCGUAUUUGAGUUUAGGAUUACGAAUUCAAUUGAUUAACUGUUUAGCUAAUGGUGCUAUUCCUGUGUUUAUUGGAAAUAACGAUAUAUAUUCUGAUGAAGCAAUCAACUCAGAGUUAUUGUCUAAAGUUAUUAUACACGUUCCUAGACCUCGAGUCGAAGAACUUCCAGCUUUACUUCAGUCUUUGCCUGAAGCGCAUAUCGUUGAGAUCCGCCGACAGGGCCAGAUUUUAUUUCAACGUUACUUUAAAAAUAAAUCAUCACAACUUACCACUUUAUUGUUAGCUGUUAGUCGACGUCUUGGUUUUCCUCAACCUCCUGCUCCUCAUUGGUCUAGUUUACCGGCUUAUAAAGAAUUUCACCCACCUAAACAGUAUCCAAUACAUAAAGAGAAUAAUUUUCAAGUUGAUUUAGAUGAUUUCCUCGGUCCAGUUGGACCACAACAAUCUUCCAUUAGUUAUCAAUCGAAUUAUACAGGUCCUGGUGGAUCAGCUCGAUUGGCUAGCGUAUCUUUUUACAGCGGGAUUAGUGACAUGGUUAAUCCAUUAUGGUUAUUUCCUUCAACACCAUGGGAACCUCCACUUCCAUCAGAUGCUGCAUUUGUACCAUAUGGUUCUACAAAUCAUGGUUUAAGACCAAUUAACCAUACUAUAAAUCUUGCAGGAUAUGAAUUCAAUAUGAAUUUAGGUGGAAUGUAUCCAUAUGAACAGUUUACUAUUUUAAUCCUUACUUAUGAUCGGUUUAAUUUAUUAUGUCAAACGUUAGAAAGUUUUUUAAAUCUUCCAUAUUUGCAUUCAGUUUUGGUUAUAUGGAACAAUCCUAUUCCACCCAAUCCUGAUCUUAGCUGGCCACAAUUACAUGUUCCAAUUAAAGUUAUCCUUAGCCAAAAUAACAGUUUGAAUAAUCGAUUUUUGCCUUAUGAUUUAAUCGAAACCGAUGCAAUACUAUCCAUUGAUGAUGAUAUUCAACUACGUCAUGAUGAAAUUGUUUUUGGAUUUCGUGUUUGGCGUGAACAUCGUGAUCAGUUGGUUGGUUUCCCAGCACGAGCUCAUUUUUGGAAUGGUUCUGAUAGUUCAUGGUUUUAUAAUUCCGAUUAUAUGUGUGAAUUUUCAAUGAUUCUUACUGGAGCUGCAUUUUUUCACAAGUAUUAUACAUUUGCUUAUACAUCGGAAAUGUCUCCGGACAUUCGUAAUAUGGUGGACAAUUAUUUCAAUUGUGAAGAUAUAGCAAUGAAUUUUCUCCUAGCACAUAUAACUAGAAAACCCCCACUGAAGGUUACACUCCAUUGGUCAUUUGACUGCGUUUACUGUGGUUCUACUCUGCAUGACCGUCCAGAUCAUUAUGCUGCUCGUUCCCGCUGCAUUAAUUGGUUAACAAAUCAUUAUGGAUAUAAUCCUCUCAUGUACAGUCAGUACAGAGCUGACUCUGUAUUAUUCAAAACACGUAUUCCACUCGGCAAACAAAAGUGUUAUAAAUAUAUAUAA